AUGGCGUACUAUAAAUCGACUCCAAAAGUGGGAUUGGGAUCCCAAACGCUUGCUACCACGCCGGAAACAGCUUUCAAAAUUGCACAUCAGCGGGUGUCCAUAGAUUUAGACUUAUCAAAUCACUCUUUGAAUGGUUCUGCAGAAAUCAUUUUAAUACCCCUCAGCGAUAAGCUGGAAUUCGUGACACUGGAUUGCAAAGAAAUCCAAAUCACAGAUGUCAUCGUCGAAAAUAGACGUUGUGAUCACUACAUUCACGAUGAUCCUUACAGAUGGUAUGCCGACAAAUACAGUACGGGGAAGCUCUCUGAGCUACCACUUUUCGAUACAAACUCUGUAGAGCAAGCACAUUUCCUUAGGAACAAAUUUGCAGAGCUCAAUUUACCCUCAGAAUCGUCAGACGCAACCCGCUCACAGGUCACAAUUAGAAUUCCACCUUCGGUCAAAAUUACACUCCAAGAGGCAAAUGCAUUGUCAUCCUUCACGCCAAUCACACCAUCCAUCCGCACUCCCGCCCAAGAUACAAUUUAUUCCCCCAUAACAAUCAAAAUCAAUUACCAGCUCCAAAACCCCACCAGUGGACUACAAUUCGAUACCUCCAGAGAACAGCAUCUAUGGACGGCGUGCACGGUUAAUACGGAGUGGAACGCAAGUGCCUCUCACUGGCUGCCGUGUGUUGAUACCAUGGAGGAGAAAUGCACAUGGGAGCUGGAAUUCAGUGUGCCCAAAAAAGUAAAGGACAUUGGAACCCAUAAUGUCAUAGGAGUCACAAAGCCCAACAAAAGACGCAAGGUUCGAGAUGAUAACGUUAAGAAUGCCGAUUCAGGACGGCAUAUAGAUCAAGAAGAUGCACCAAUUUCAAAACAUCGCUCUCGUCGACAUGCAGACGGAGAGCCAAACGAAGAUGACCAUGAUGAUGAAUUAGACGACGACGACGAAGAGGACGAUGACGAAGAGGAAGAGGAUAAUCCGUUUAAUCGGGACAUAGUCGUUUGCGCUUCAGAAUUUUCAACUGGAAAGGAAGCUCCGCACCCGACCGAUCUGUCCAGAAAGCUCGUGUCUUUUCAAAUUUUUAAUCCGGUAGCGCCACAUCAUAUAGGCUGGGCUGUUGGCGCCUUUCAAGCUUGGACUUUGCCGCAAAUCAAGACUCACGGCGAACCUGAAGAGGAAAGCGAUGAAACAGCAGCUAUCGCGGAAAUUCCAGAUGACGAGGAACCAGAUGUAAUUCCCAUCCAAGUUUACACACUGCCGAGUCCCGAUGUCGAUGAAAGAGUCAUUCUCAAUUCAACGUUGGUUGCGCAAGAAAUACUGGACUUCUACGCCCGAGAAUUCGGGUCAUAUUCUUUUACCUCUUACUGCCUCCUCUUUUUGCCAUCAAUACCUGAUGAUUCCACGGAUUUCGCUGGCGCUACAUUUUGUAACACUAGGCUGUUGUAUCCUCCUGAAAUCAUUGAUCUUACUUUUUCAACAACCGACAAAUUAAGCUGGGCAUUGGCAACGCAAUGGUCGGGGGUUAACGUUACACCCCUGGAGCUGAAUGAUAUCUGGUGUUGCAUUGGGAUGGCAGGCUACAUGUCUCUGCAGUUUUCCAAACACUUGAUGGGGUUGAAUGAGUUCAAAUACAGAGUCAAAACUUUGUCUGAACGAGUAGCAGAUCGCGACUGGGAAAAGCCGCCAAUUGCAGGAGCUUUUGCUCAUGCUUCUAUGCCUGUCACCUCUCUCUCAAAAGAACUGGAGUUUAUAAAGCUGAAGGCUCCCAUUGUGCUAUACAUUUUAGAUCGCAGAAUGACUAAAACAGAACGAUCGUUUGGUAUGUCUCGUGUGUUGCCCAAGAUUUUCUUACAGGCGAUGUCAGGAGAUCUUCCCAAUAGCACGAUUUCGACGUCACACUUUCAACAUGUUUGUGAACGUGUUAACAAGAACAAGCUCGAGAACUUUUUUAAAGAAUGGGUUUUUGGAUCUGGUGUGCCUAUUUUCCGAAUCACCCAACGGUUCAAUAAGAAGCGGAUGGUUGUGGAAAUGGGAAUUCGUCAAUGCCAGGUUCAAGAAAUUGCUCAGGAUAAGACAGUAGGUGCAGAAGGUUUUCAGUCCAGUGCCCUGAGCCAUAUUACAUACCCGAACACUAAUUUGAUACCUGUUUUCACCGGGUCUAUGACAAUUCGAAUUCACGAAGCCGAUGGUACGCCUUACGAACAUAUCGUUGAGCUCAAAGACACAUUCACGAAACUUGAUAUUCAAUACAACACCAAAUAUAAAAGGUUGAAAAGGAGGAGGAAGAUCAAUAAAUCUGCCAAACACGAAGGAAAAGAUCAAACACCUUUUGAGACAGCAGACAUGGCUGGUGCUGACGAGGAAAACGAAGAUAUUGUGCUCGUAAAUUGUCUCGGUGAUGUAUUAAUGGGUGCGAAAGAUUGCCAGCAGUGGAAUCUGACAGAUCCAUUUAUGACAAGCGAAGGUGAUGAGUUCCAACAGCAGAACGAGGCUUUCGAGUGGAUAAGAAUUGAUGCUGAUUUUGAAUGGGUGUGCAAAGUUUACAUUAAUCAGCCGGACUACAUGUUUGCUUCUCAGUUGCAGCAGGAUCGGGAUGUGGAAGCGCAGAUUGAUAGCAUAAGGUUUUUCCAAGAUGUUGUGAUGAAUUCAAAUGAGAACUCCUUGAUAUACUCUUCGAUCUUGACUCGUACGGCUAUGGAUGAUAGGUAUUUUUAUGGUGUGAGAGUUGAGGCAUGCAAAGCAUUAUCCAGCUUUAUAGUGUCUCAGGCAAACUCAGAUAGUUUUAUGGGAGGUGCAAAACAUUUGAUUAAGAUAUUCCAGCACUAUUUUUGUUACGAGAACUCUAGUAUUCCGUUCAAUAACGAUUUUUCCUCUUACCAGCGCUAUUUUUUACAAGGAGCCAUUCCCCAUCUCCUUUCGCAGGUAAAAAAUGACAACGAUGUCUGCCCAAAAUUUGUUAAGCGCUUCUUGCUCAACAUCGUUAGAUACAACGAGAACGCAGAAAACAGCUACGACGAUACGAUAUAUGUCGUAAAUCUAAUUAGGAGUGCCGUCACCAGCGCUCUCAAUGACCCUGACGAUGAACCCUUUUACCGGGACUUGCUCCAUGAAUUGCGAAGGUUCAAGAACCUUGAUCAAUGGAUACCAUCUUAUCAGUUACUGGUCACAAAGUGUAUCAUGGACCAACACUUGAGGCUAGCAGUCGAUGGUUACUUUGUUUACGACGAUAUCUCACAAAUUUUGGAGUACGCAUUGAACGAAAGCUCCACUUCAUCGCCAGGAAUUUGCAGGCACUUUCGUGAGGGGAUGCAAGAUUUGCUUUUGACUUCUUUCAAAAUUCUUCUUGUAGAAGGCGGAAUCAAAAAUAGAGAAGCUUUGAAGCUAUUUUUCGAGCACAUGCUCUUUCAUCCAGAUCCUUACAUCAGGGUGAACCUGGUUGGGUCUCUUAUUGACGCCGUCAAUUUCAUAGCCGACAAAAGGUGUCUUGACAUUUUUGACGAUGAUUUUGAGAGUUUACACACAACUGCCGACACGGUGGUUAAGGCGGAGGCCUUGGAACUCGGGGAUGCUAAUAUUAUUGUGGAGAGUUUUAGCGCUGAGACGGCCAAUAAGAGGGAAAUGCAAUUGCGAGGAACAAUGAACGGAUUGAUCACUCUAAUGCGCCGGAAAUUCGCCACUUAUGAGCCUUUAAAGCAUAUAACUUGGGAUACUUUGCAUUCACCAUUGGCGAGUGUCUACCAGAAAAAAAGUCUUUUCGAUUUGGUACGUGUAAUUUAUCAAAUGGAGGACAGGCUUUGCGUGAGGCUCACGAUCCCAAAAGACCGGAAACUCAUGGCGAAGAAUAUGGGCAAGGGUGUGGUCAAAUUACGUCGUGAAGGUAUCUUGAAGGUUCAUCUAACUCCAAAACCCAAAAUCAAUGUCAAACGAAAACCUUCGAUGACACCUAAGUCAUCGUCAUUGAAAGUGAAACUCAAUGCCACCACCGUCAAAAAACCAUCUUCACCAGCCAAAUCGCGCGGUGGCGUUGGUGCUGGUGGUACUGCGGCAUCAGACUCCAUUGCGCCUGUCUCUCCAAAGAAAGCCAAGAAGUUGGUAAAAAGUUCGAUUACCAAAAUUGGUUCUCUUCCUCUUAGGUUUAUCAAAAUUUCUCCACACAGACGUUCAGUAGAUCUUUCGGCAGUGUCUUUCAAUGAAAACGUCAGAAUUGUGAAGUCAAAUACCAGAUCUCUAGUGAUCAAGAUUCGGACAGCUCAGAACAGAAACGCAUCAAAAAAAGAAGCUUCAUAA